AUGAGACGCGCACGUGUUACUGCUGAGCAAGCGCUACAGAUGGUGUUGUCCGAUAGCGAAGGUGAACCAAAUGAGAGUGAUUACGGACAUGAAAGUGAUUUUGAAUCGGAAAAUGACACGGACAGUUGUAGUUACAACAACAACGCUGCGAACAACGAUUCUUCAGAUUCAGACAGUGAUGGAAUUGGAAGGACAGGUGAUGGUGAUAGACGUGGUACAGGUAACGCACGUGUUCCUGUGGGACAGAAAUUACUGCGAGCCGAUUCCAUAGACAACCAAAUUUUGGUUUCAACGUUUGGUUUGGACCCUUGUGUAGACUGGUUAAGCUUCGCGCUUCUGACUGCCGGUUUGAUCUUCCAGGUACUUUCCGGGGAGAAGCUUGAAAAUGGCGACAGAGUUAAACGGCAGUCUUUCGUGGACACCGCCUCUGCUCCAACCCCUGAGAGCAUUAUGGACGAGGCCUUGGCCAAAUAUACCCUGGAGAAUCAAGAUUUACAGGCUCGUCUGACAGAAGGUGCAGAUAAUUUGGUCGCGGAUUUCAAAACGAUCAAGCCGCCAAUUCUUGGUUCUGGUGAUCACGGGUUUAGUGUCACAUGGAUAGCACGCCAGUCACGCUUUAUUAACUGGAUAUCAAACGUGAUCAGAAAGCACAACGUUCCGAUGACAGUGGAUAGGGUUUUACAGACGUGGCUGGCGAAGUUUCGAAAGAUUUACUGUCCUUACUUUGGACCAUCCACGUGCUUCAGGACCCAAUAUCGAACCAUAGAUGGGACAUGUAAUAAUAUACACAAUCCGCUAUGGGGACGGGCCUUUACCCCACUAAGGAGGGUCUUACCAGCUGUAUAUGAAAGACAGCUUAAUACCGUGGAUGUCCCUCGCCAUGAUCUUACCCGUAAAACCGGUGUGAAUGGUGCACCUUUACCCAGUGCUCGACUGGUCAGUAACGUGGUUCACCCGGACGGAGGGCCGGCUAGGGAAGCCAUCUUGACCAUGGAGUACACCGCCUUCGGGCAAUUCCUGGCCCACGAUUUUACAGAUACGCCUAUGGAAUCAGGAUUUAUGGACUCCAAGCUAGGUUGUUGUAACCAGACAGAACCAACACGGCGCUGUGACAACAUUCCAUUACCACAGGACGACGUAUUUAGGCAAAAUGGCCGCACCUGUUUUGGAUUUGUUCGUUCCACAGAGGGCACUGACAUCAACUGCAAGUUUGGUCAAAGGGAACAGUUGAAUGUAGCAUCAUCAUAUAUUGACGCCACAAGCGUGUAUGGACACAACGAGUACGAAGCCAGAAAAUUAAGAACUUUCACCAAAGGAAAAUUGCUGAUGUCCGAGUCAAAUGAAUUGUCAUUCCAAGCGCAUCCAAACAAGAAGGCUUUUGCCAUGGGAAUAAACUUUCUCCGGGCAGGAGACGAGAAGGUUAGUGAAUUCGUAGGCCUCGUUGGCAUUACCACAGUGUUCUUCCGAGAACACAACCGGAUUGCCGAGCUGUUGGCUGCCAUCCACCCCUAUUACAACGACGAGAAACUUUACCAAGAGACCAGGCGGAUACUCAUUGCUAAACUACAACAUAUAGUGUACAGCGAAUACUUGCCUGUAACCAUAAGUCAGCCGUUUAUGGAUAAGUAUAAUUUAAACCUGUUGCCAACGGGGUACUACACUGGGUAUAACCCCAAAGUUGACGCUACCCUUACCAAUGUAUUCGCCACAGCCGCGUUCAGAUUUGGCCACAGCAUGGUCACGCCUUCGAUGAAUCUCGUGGACAAGAACUAUAAAGUAUCAGAGAGUAAAUACAUUCAGUUAAAAAAGACAUUCUUUCGUCCAAGUUAUUUCUUGCUCAAUGAAAAUGGGCUUCAGCGUGGUUUGAUGGUUGAUCCCAGUGAACAGUGUGACCGGUUCAUGGCUCCAGAUCUGCGUGACCACUUGUUCGAAACGGCUAACCUGAACGGCUUUGACUUAGCAGCGCUGAAUAUCCAGAGAGGGCGUGACCACGGUCUGCCGUCUUACAAUGCCUACCGCAAGAAAUUUGGCCUGAAUGAAGCUAUUCACUGGAGUACCGAUCCAUAUUUUGGCUUUGCAGACAUGAGAACUGAAACGGUUGAAAUGUUUAAGAAAGUUUACGAAAGUCCUGCUGAUGUAGACAUCUGGACGGGUGGCAUCGCGGAAAUACCCGUAGAAGGAGGCGCUGUAGGACCCUUAUUUACCGAAAUCAUGGCAGCACAGUUCAGAUACCUUAGGGACGGUGACCGAUUCUGGUUUGAAAACGCUGAAAAUGGAUUUACGGAAGCCCAGCUCCAGGAAAUCAGAAGAACAACGUCACUGGCUAAACUGAUAUGCGACAAUGUGGACGUAGAAACAAUACAGCCCAGAGUUUUUGAAUUGGCGACUAAAGGCGGGACCAAUGACCUAAUCCACUGUAGCAAACUGCCCAUAAUGAAUCUUGGAUUGUGGUAAUUGCUCACAGAAGGUGGAGGUGCAAUCAAUUAUCCAUGGACAUCGGGAACUUUUAUGAGGAAG